AUGAACGACAUGUCGUCCAUUUCGCCAACGCCAAUGGGCGCUGGGAGCCACUUUACGUCUAUGGGAAGAAGGACAUCUGCUAGACAAGCUUUACGACGCCCGCCAUCGCGACCCAUGCUCAAUCGCAGCGAGUCGAACCCCCAGUCGCAAUCACAACAAUAUUCCAACCUCAACGACAGCUCGGACGACGAGAUCCCCGUACCCAUGAAACUCAGCGCCUUAACCAAGGCUCUGCUUAACGACGGCCAUGCAUCCGAAGCCUCAUCCUUUGCGCAACAUGGCGCCCCAGAGGACCUACAGUUAUCACCUCCGGCUCGACCACCAUCACGAGUUACUAGAAGAAGCGCGUUGGUAUCAUCGAAGUCGGAGGAAAGGGACUCAGCAAGGGAAAGUGUGAGGACGCGGGAAGCUAGACGGAGUAUCAGAGGAGGAAGCCUGCAGCCCAUCGACAGGCCGACGUCGCCAGUCCAGAACGACAGCAGUAACAACCGCGACGGCAGCCCAGUGCCUAGGAAACGAGUGGUCCGCCUCAGCAAUCCCGUGCAGGGCCCGGUUAGCUUUUCGGGAAAUGUCCGGAGACUCUCAUCGACGACGGCAAACCAGAGGAGGACCAGAACGGAGAGCAGGGAAAGAGAGGUCGAGAAAGAAAUCCCAUCAUUUCUACAGCAGCAAGGCGAUCCAGGAUCAGAUUCAGCGGGAGAUGCCCACACGCCCGUGAUCAGGACGGUCAGGAUUGCGGUUGGCUCCGGGUCUUCAGGUAGCAAAGGUCGGAUUUCGCUAGGUGGAGGAGGAGGGUCGUCGGGUGGUUCGUUUGCUGGUGUUUCCGGGAAACGCGGCACAGGAUAUAGUGAUCACGAAAUACCCGAGGAUCCUGCAACCAUUGGACGGUCACAGACGGUAGCACCGCAAAGCUCAAUGCGUAUCAAGAGAGUCGCAAAAGUUCCAGGAAGCUUUCUCAGCGGCCCAGCGCGACGAGGGCGGAGAAGGCAGAGCGAUGAGGACGAGGCAGCGCAUGGGGAAAAUGAAGCUAUGGGCAUGAGCCAAGACAACGACGGGAAUUACGAGAGCCACAUGCAGAGUCAUGUCGAAGCCGUUAUGGGCGAGCAACAAUCGUCGUUCUAUGCGUCCAACAAUAACUACCGCGACUAUGCCGCAUCAGGAAGCCCGGUCAGCGGUAGAGCUGGAGCGGUUCGCAGGCGAGAAUCCAACUUCAGAGAGAUGGACAGAGAUAACGGGGAGCUGGGCUACAGGAUCCCCGAGCCUCAUCCGGAUAUGCCCAUGAACAACGACAAGGAGAACGAGGCCCCGCCGACCUUCAAGAGGGCGAAACUGACACCGUCCAUAAUGCUUGAUCAAGAGAUCCCGAAACCGGUGAUCCCCGAAUCGAUGGCCCUCGACAUUGGGCGAGACAUUGGGCGAGGCCUUAAGAGGCUGUCGAUUUCCCCAGACCGCAAAGCAUUGGCGCAUAAGAGUCAGAACACACCACACAGGCCGGCGCCCCCACCUCCACCAAAGAUGUCAGUCGUCGAGACGGCAACAGCUGCGGCUGGAGCUUCUGCGACUGCGGGAGCGGCCAAGAAAAGGCAGGUCCUUUUGCGAGUGAACGGCCGAACAUACACCCGCAUUGACUGCAUUGGUCGAGGUGGCUCUGGAAAAGUUUACCGUGUUUCGGCUGAGAGCGGGAAGAUGCUGGCCUUGAAGAGGGUGUCCCUUGAGCAUGCCGAUGAAAACACCGUGAAGGGAUUCAAGGGUGAAAUCGAUCUGUUGAAACGUUUGAACGGUGUGGAACGGGUUAUUCAACUCAUUGACCAUGAGCUAAACCUGGAGAAGCAGGUGCUCAGUGUGCUCAUGGAAGUAGGCGAACUUGACUUCAACACGCUCCUCAAAAGCCGCCAGAGCACCGCAGAAGGCGCCCGUCUCGACCCAACCUUCAUUCGGUACUACUGGAAAGAGAUGCUCGAAUGCGUGCAAGCCGUGCACGCCCGCGACGUCGUGCACAGUGAUCUCAAGCCGGCCAACUUUGUCCUUGUCCAGGGCCGCCUCAAGCUCAUCGACUUCGGCAUCGCCAACGCCAUCCAGACGGAAAUGACGGUCAACGUGCACCGCGAAACACAAAUCGGCACGCCCAACUACAUGUCGCCCGAAUCCCUGAUGGACUCGAACCAGUACGCCUUCACGUCCGCCCAGAACGGCAAGUUCUGCAUCCCGCCGCCGCUCAACCACCGCCAGCACGGCGCGCCCAAGCUCAUGAAGCUCGGCAAGCCCUCGGACGUCUGGUCGCUCGGCUGCAUUUUGUAUCAAAUGGUCUACGGCCUGCCGCCCUUCGGCAAGAUCGCCAACCAGAUGUCGCGCUGCCAGGCCAUCAUCAACUGGUCGUACCAGAUCGAUUUCCCCGAGGCCACCGAGGACGGCAGCCGCGUGCCCCCCUCGGUCAUCCGCACCAUGCGCCGGUGUCUCAACCGCGAGCAGCGCGAGCGCCCCACGUGCGACGAGCUGCUGGCCGACACGGAUCCGUUUCUGUAUCCGCAGGAGUUCGACCCGUCGGUGUACGCGGCGGCGGAGCAUGGCAAGGUCCUGCCUGUCACGGAGGAGCUGUUGUCUAGGCUUAUACAGAGCGUCGUGCAGAGGUGCAAGGAGAGGAUGCCCACGGAGGCGGAGGUGGUGAAUACUUGGCCGCAGGCGUAUUGGGCCACUGUGAGGAAGGCGGUUAUGGGUGCCGGUAAUAAUGCUGGUGGGAGUGGGAGUGGCAGC